CGCGACAUUUGGUUGCUGUCUUUCCGUGACGCAGUGACUUUGGGUCAGCAGCCGGGGUUCUGUAGAGGCGCUCGGCGUUCACCGACCGUUUUUCGGGCUGCAGUGACACCGAACCGGUUCGGAUCAUUUAUGACCUCCAAGUCCAGACUGCAGAGCAAAGCCACGCGGAUGUCUCCAGCGGGGGCAGCAGUGAGCAGCAUGAAGCUGUGCCAGGAGGCCCAGGACCAGCUGGAGGACGCCAUCGGGUCGGUUCUGAAGGCCGAGCAGCAGCUGAGGGACAACGCCAGAGAGGUGCGGUCGGAGCUGCAGAGCUGCAUGAGCCGCCAGCAGGAGGCGCUGCGCUGCAGGGAGGUCUGGCUGCUGGGACAGAUAGAGCUGCUGGAGAGCCUCAAGACAGAGACGCUGCAACACCAGCUGCACCAGCUGCACCGGCUCAGAGGUCAGUUUGAGGUCAUCGCCCAUCAGCUGCAGAACUCCAACAACAACAACGACCUGAGCAACCAGCUGACCAGCUGCAUGGAGAAGUUGGCCUCUCUGAGCCUGGCCCCUGAGGAAACCCCUGAGAUGCGUUUCCAUGCCGACUCCCGCUCCCUGAGACAGGCCAUCACCUCGUUCGGCAGCAUCGCCGCCCAGGCGGAGGAGGGCGUGGCCUCUCGGAGCACCGCCCCUCAGAGAACCCAGGUACAGAGCUGCUCACUUGGAGCCAGACAGCAGCAGCUGGAGGCGGCGGCUCUGGGUGAUUGGCUGCUGGGGAAACGUCCAGCUAGCAGCAGCUCUCUGAUUGGUUACCAGGCCAGUAAGAACCCUCAGGAUUGGCUGCUGAAGCAGAAGGAAACCAAGACUUCCUGUCCCAUCCCAGCCUCCAUGGACUUCCUGAAGGCCUGGGGCCAGCUAAGGGACCUGGAGGCAUGGCUCCUGAAUGACCAGAACCAGGACCAGAACCAGGACCAGGACCAGGGGGGCAGGGAGCGGGCCAGCAGUAGCUGCAGCUCCUCCUUCUCCAUUGAGAAGAUCGAUGAGUCGGAGUUGAGUGAGGAGGAGCUGAGCGACUGGCUGGUGACCCCGCCCACCGUUGCCAUGGCAAUGAGUGACGGCGAGCAAUGGCGGCGCGUGCUGAGGCCCUUCCAGGAGGACUGGGCCUCCGGCGACUGGCUGGCCGGCCGCGGCGCCUCCGACUGCUCCUCCUGCCGCCAGACCGGCCGCACUAUGGAGAUCGAGAACCUGGGCCAGCUGCGGUGCCUGAAGGCUCUGCCCAGCCCCGGCUCUGGCCCCGCCCCCAACCUGGAGCUCUGGCUGCAGCAGGUGGCGCCACUGAGGCAGACCUGCAGGGCCAACGAGACGUGCUCCUCCUACGGCGACUGCGUCUGCGAGGAGAACUGUGGGAAGGAGGCGCUGAGCCGCUGGCUGCUACAGCAGGAGGGCCGGGACAAGAACGGCGUACCUGUGGACAAAAACGCCCCGCCCACCGCCACACCUGCCGUCAAGAACGCCCCGCCCACCGGCUUCCACAGGCAGCAGGAGCAGAAGGUUCAGGCCAUCCUGGAGGCCUGGCUCCACCCAGGAGCAGCCGAGGAGAACCUGAGGAGGAGCCACGCCUCCCAGAACCAGACCUGCUCCCCGUUCCAGCGCCCCCUCCAGGCCGACCUGUGGGUGCUGCCAGGAUCGGCCUCCAGAGGAGCAGCAGGAGGCGCGGCCGAGGAGGAGGAGGAGGAGGACAAGUGGCUGCUGAAGAAGAGGAGCCAGGCUCAGGAGCGUCUGGCUCUUCCUGCCGUCUGUGAGCUUUUCUCCUGCAUGAAGAUGGGCGGAGACAAAGAAAACUGGCUGCACAGCGCUGCUGUCCAGAUGUGACCUCAUGGUAAUGAAGAGGAUAUUUCUUCUUCUUCUUCUUUCUCUUCUGGAAGUCACUUUAUCGCUGAUGAUGAGCGCACAACGCCAUCGAUCACAUGACCGCCUUCUUCCUGUGACAUCACCGCCCACCGCCCUCCUCCAAUCAGCAGACUGAACCGGAGCUGAAACUUGCCACUUUACUUGAUAUUGAUCAGUGAUGUCAUCAGUCACUGUAGCCAAUCGCUGAAUGUUUGAGCUUGUAGCCAGUGCAGGGGGCGGGCUUUACUUUUAGGUUUAAUUUGAAUCUUUUAUCGUUUUCUCUGCUGACCUCACAGCUGCUGGGAGGAACUCAGUUUCCCAGCAUGCUCAGUGAGUCACGCAGCACUGAUUGGUGCUUUUUACUGUUUGAUGUCAUUUAUUUUCUGCAGUAAUAAAAAAUGCUGACAUCAUCA